AUGUAUUUUGUUAGCCCUAACGCUGGAGAGUUGUACUACUUACGUAUGUUACUCACAACUGUUAGAGGUGUUAAUUCUUUUGAAGACUUGAAGACUGUAAGUAAUGGAGACGUAGACGAGGUGCACAAUACGUUUAAAGAUGCAUGUAUUGCACUUGGGAUUUUAGCACAUGAUGGAGAAUCAGAAAAAUGUCUUCAAGAAGCAGUGGUUAUGCAAACUAGAAAUCAGCUGAGGAAACUAUUUUGUAUUAUCCUAUCGCAAUGUAAUCCAUCAAGACCGGAGGUGUUGUGGGCGAAAUUUGGAAUGAAUAUAUGUGAUGAUCUACCACAUAGAUUGCGAACAAGGUUUAACAUCCAGAAUCCAACAGAUGAACUGGCAACGGAUUACGGAUUAUACCUGUUGGAUCAACUGCUUCAACGAUCUGGAAAAAAACUAGAAAAAUAUGAAUCAUUGCCGAAACCAAGACAUGAUUGGGGUCAAAUAGUAGGUAACAGAUACAUUUGGGACCAUAGACAACUUCAGUUUGCAUUAAGUGAUUCGGUGAUUCAGUCAGAUAUUGAGAAAUUGAAUGUCGCACAACGUUCGGCGUACAAUGCGAUAGUGGAUUCUGUGAAUGAUCGCAAUGGACGAAUGUUUUUUCUGAAUGGCAGUGCAGGGACUGGAAAAACUUUUUUGUACAACACAAAAGCAAGAAGAUGUCGUAAAGAUGGAAAAAUAGUCUUAACUGUUGCUUCAUCUGGUAUCGCUUCACUACUUCUUGAUGGAGGUCGAACGACACAUUCCACUUUUAAGAUUCCAUUUGAAGUCCAAGACGAUAACAAUAUUAGUAUUAGUAAAGACUCGGAUUAUGCCCAGCUGCUUAAAGAAGUAAGAUUGAUCAUAUGGGAUGAAGUUUCAACGCAACAUAGAUUUUGUGUGGAAGCAGUUGAUCGCCUACUACGAGAUAUUCGCAGUGAUGACAGACACUUUGGAGGUGUAACAGUCGUCUUGGGUGGAGACUUUAGACAGACUUUACCAGUGGUCUCGAAUGCAAGUCGAGAACAAACUGCUGGAGCAUCUAUAAUAGGUUCGUUGCUUUGGGAUUACAUUACUGUCUUGACGGUAAACCAAAAUAUGCGAUUGGAGCAGGAACCGCAAAAUUUGGAGUUUGCUGACUACUUGCUUGAGACUGGAACGAACCCUAAAGAGGUUGUUAAUCUUCCAUCGACAAUGGGUAGAUGUCAAAACAUGCAUGAGCUAAUAUCUUCAGUGUAUCCUCUGUUGGUAAUGGACGAACCAAUGUCAUCCGAAUACUUAACCGAGAGGAUCAUUUUAUCUCCACGUAAUGAAGACGUCCAUAAGAUUAAUAUGGAUGCAUUAGAAAGAUUACAUGGGGAGACUUACACGUAUUUUGCUGCUGACAAAAUGAUUCGGGAUGAUCAUGGAAGGGAUUCGGAUUUUACAACUGAAUUUCUCAACAGUUUAAGUCCACCAGGAACACCUCCAUUUAAGAUAGACCUCAAAGUUGGAUGUCUCAUUAUGUUUCUGAGAAAUCUGGCACCGAAAGAAGGCCUUUGUAAUGGUACAAGACUGAUGGUGACGAGGUGCGGACGACACGUGAUUGAAGCUAAAAUCAUAACUGGAGCAAAAGCUGGUGAAGUAGUAUUCAUCCCUAUAAUAACUUUUCAACCUUCAGCUUCAGAUCUAAACAUACAAAUGGAAAGACGUCAAUUUCCCAUACGCGUUGCAUAUGCGAUGACUAUUAACAAAUCCCAGGGACAAUCGGUGAAGUAUGUGGGAAUUGAUUUACGUACUCCAGUAUUUAGUCAUGGUCAGCUAUAUAUCGCAUUGUCCAGGUGUACUGCUGCAAGGAGAAUUACUUUAUUAUUUCCAAAUGAAUCAAAUGUGUCUUUAGAUCCGGUAACAAAAAAUGUAGUGUAUCCUGAAGUAUUAUUGUAG